AUAACAUACCCACUCAUAAUAACUUGUUCCUUCCUGGUCCACAAGUUAAUCGUCUUUGGAUAAGCUUCGAUCAAACAGACCAACGAUACGUUCGUGUCCAGAGGCUCUACUCUGAGGUUACAGAGGCAACUCUUGGAUCUAAUGCGAAUGGAAGAUAUCUAUAACGCGUGAAACUAGUAAGUGAAAGAGGGAGAGAGAGUGAGAUCGGGAAAGGAGGGGAAAAGGAGAGACAAAGCGAAAGAGAACGAGAAUUUCAGGAAUACUGGAAUGUAGUUGGUAACGCCAUCUGCGGAAUGCACCAUGCAGCAUUCUUAUGCGAACAAUACAACUACAGGGACACGCGUAACGCAACAAUGGCGACCUGAAACAUUGGCGUGCGUUUCCUUGCUCCAUAUACUUGUGACAUCUCGCCAGUGUUUACUGUAUCUUUUCUUCAUAUUCGUGAAUGUGAAAUACAUUCUUGCUACCGUAAAAUAUGUGACUAGUGAAUUAGACAAACAAAAAACGAGAAAUUGUGCGGAGCCAACAGUUAAAGUUAGUUAGUCGUAGGGACACAAUUCAAUGGUGUUGGUCUCUGCCGAAAAAACGGGAAAGCCAUGUAUACAUACAUAUCCUGUAAACUAUAAUGUUUUGUGGAAAAAUAGUGAAUACUUACCAUCAAAAUCUACUGUGGUGCUGAUACGGCAUGUUGAAAUAAGGGAAGCGAACGAAGGAGAUGAGCCACAAUAUUGCAGGCAUGCCACCCUUUGCAAGGAUGCCUUUGGGGGGUAUGGGUAUGGGUGUAAAUAUGGGUCCUAGUGCCCCACAUCCUGAAUCUUCUGCUCACCCUCAUCCUCCACCACCACCACCUACAGGUGCCAAUCCAAAAAAGAAGAGACGUACAAAUGCAAAUGUUGCUCAACCACCUCCGCAACAACCUCCAACAGUACAGGAUUUAUUACCUCCACCUUUAACCGGUUAUGGAGAUACAAUAGUAGCUAGUAAUCCUUUUGAUGAUACACCACCGCAAACUACACAAACACCAAUGAUGCAUGGUGGACCACCUCACAUGCAUCCUCAUCACCCACAUCAUAUGAGUGGACCACCUAUGAGAGGCAUGAGUCCUUUAACUUCAAUAGGUGGAAUGAGUCCUAUGAUGCCACACAAUAUGGGAAGUAUGAGUCCAAUGGGAAAUUCGCCCAUGACAAAUCACAUGAAUCAUAUGGGAGCAAUGUCUCCCAUGAAUCAUGCACCAAUUGGUGGUAUGAGUCCAAUGAAUAAUAUGGGUCCAAGUAUGCCACCUGGCCCAAUGAAUACUAUGAACAAUCAUAUGAAUAUGAGUCACAUGAGUAAUUCUCAACUUAGUGGUCCACCCAUGGGUAGUCCAAUGAAUAAUAUGAACAGUGGACCAAUGGGUAGUCCAAUGAAUAACAUGGGACAUAGUAUGGGAAGUCCUAUGGGUGGUCCAUUAGGAUCUCCUAUGAAUACAAUGGGAGGAUCGAAUCAUAUGCCUAAUGGACCAAUGAAUAUGAAUAAUAUUAAUAGCCAUAUACCGCCCAAUAGCCCUCUAAAUGGACCAUCUAUGAACAGCGUAAAUAGUCCAUUGGGACAUAACGGAUCUCAAACACAUCCAAAUCAUAUGGGUAAUAAUCUUAAUAAUUUAGGAAGACCGAUGAAUGGACCUAUGACUACCAUAAGUUCAAUGGUAUCCAACAAUUUGAAUAUGAGUGGUCCAAAUCAAAUAAAUAAUAUGAAUAUGGGUGGACCACCAAUGAAUAAUAUGUCUAACAUGAGUAUUAAUCAUCAUAAUCAAAUGAGUCAUAUGGGUGGUCCAAUGGGUACAAUGUCUAGUAAUAUAGGAGGUGGUCCGCCAAUGGGUCAUCCUAUUAAUAUGGGAGGUUCGAUACCACCUCAUGGUUUUCAAGGUCCACCGGGAAUGGGACCAAAACCAAUGCCAGUUUCUGCAGGGAAGAUAUAUCCUCCAGAUCAGCCAAUGGUAUUUAAUCCACAAAAUCCUAAUGCUCCACCCAUUUAUCCUUGUGGAGUGUGUCAUAAAGAAGUACAUGAUAACGAUCAAGCAAUUCUUUGUGAAUCAGGUUGCAAUUUUUGGUUUCACAGAGGAUGCACAGGAUUAUCGGAAACUGCCUAUCAAUUAUUAACCGCAGAAGUUUAUGCAGAAUGGGUGUGUGACAAGUGCUUACAAUCGAAAAAUAUACCUUUGGUUAAAUUUAAACCAUAACACUUCUUAACUCGUCGUAUAUGCGACAUACGAGUGACUCUUUGUUAGCGUUUACACCUUGUACACGCACACAUGCGCGUGCAAUUGCACACAGAUAAACACAUACGGUAUACAUUAAUGCAUGAGCGAAAUCAUGCAUAUAAUAUAAACAUACGCUGUUUGUUAAUAUCUUAGCUUUAACUUGUUGAAACAUUAGGGUAUCACUAUGAGUCAUAUUGGUGAAUGAGAUGGCAAAAACGACAUAUAGUAUGUUCGAAAGUUGCAUUACUUUUUAAGUAUGUUUAUGACAAGUAGAUUCAUCUGUUUAAAAAGUUAUUUAUCAUUUAAUUUUUAAUGUUACAUGUCUAUUUUCAAUCGUCCUAAUCAUAAAUAUAUAUAAAAUGAAUGUAGAAAACAUAUUAAUUUAAACAAAAAAUUUUGUUAAAUAUUAUAUAAUCGAUGAUGAAUUAUUCAAUUUCAAAUUAUAUUUAA